AGUCUUCUCAGGAAAAAUGUUGAAACAAAUAAUUUGCAUUAUCGUUGUAAUAAAUUUACUUAAUUCCUUCGCUAAUGGACUCCCAAAUUCUAAGUCUAAUACUACUGAUGAACUUAAAAUGCUUAGAGAGGACUUAGAGCAACAGCGAAUGUUAAUUGAGGAACUUGUUGAAAAAUCGUACCCCCGCAAUUGUGCCGAGUCAAGGUAUAAUGGAAUCCAAGACAUAAUGAUUCCCAACUUUAGUAGUAAUCCUGUUAAAGUUGACUGCGAUUCGGAUGGAUGGACCGUAAUCCUGAGGCGUUUUGAUGGCAGUGAAAACUUUAACCGAAACUGGAAAGAUUAUAAAAAUGGGUUUGGAAAUAUGGAAGGUGAAUUUUUCCUGGGACUCGAAAAAAUCCAUGCACUUACAGCAGAAAGAAGUCAGCAAUUGGCAAUACAACUGGAUGAUUUUGAGGGGAAGGAAACACUCCAGAUGUAUAGUGAAUUCGCAAUAGGCAACGAGGAUGAACAGUAUGCCUUACACACGCUGGGAGAGUCGAGUGGAGAUGCUGGUGAUUCACUUAAAUAUCAUCGAGGCAUGUCAUUUACAACCUUCGAUCGGGAUAAUGAUCUAAGAUCAAAUGGAAAUUGCGCCGACAGCAGCUCUGGCGGCUGGUGGUACGCCAAUUGUACCGUCAGCAACUUGGCGGGAGCGUAUAAUGACAACAGAUUUGACAAGGGCAUCAUUUGGAAAACAUUUCGGGGUAAAAAUUACUCCCUUAAACAAGCUGUUAUGUUGAUACGGCCGUAAAUGGAUUACUAUAUCGAAAUGGAUUACUUUGCUCCUUCUACCUAAUUUGACGUCUUGCUUAUCUUAUAAUCUUUGUAUUUAAUAUGCAUAAUUGAAGAAAAAUAAAUGCAGUUUUCAUUCUAUCUAUAUA